AUGAACCUCUCGGCCCGGGAGCACGAGGACCCGCACCACUACUGCAGCAACCUGGCUCUGCUCCAGGCCAGUGCACACCCCACGGCCUGCCACUGCGGGGGCCUGGCCUACAGGGUUUUGAGGGAGGCCUGGAGUGACCAGGAGACAGAAGUCUCUCUGUGCCCACCCUCAAGCCCAUCCAGCUCCCACCACGGCCAGGAGGGACUCAGCCCUGAACCAGGACCCUGGCAGCCUCAGGCCCAGGUCACCGAGGGCCCAGAGGAGCCCACGAAUACCUCCCAGAAUGUGGACUCUGUCAUCAGCCACCUGUCUCCCUCUCAUAAGGAGGUCAUCACAGUCACUCUCCAUGGGGCCACCAACCUUCCUGCCUCUAAGGAUGGCUCUGAGCCAAGGCCCUAUGUGGUAGUGAAAACCACAUGUGAGGCAGCGAAGAACCAGAGUUCCAAGGCAGUCACAUCUGUGCCCUCGGAGCCCAGCAAAGCCCCCAUCUGGGGGGACACGGUCAAAGCUGAGGAUGCGGGGCAUGAAGGUGAGAACUCAAGCCGGGCACACAGGAAUAUUGGCUGGCUGAUGACAGGACAGCUGUGGGUACCGGCAUCAGGCACUGUCAGCACAGACUCGCAGCCCACUGAGUCUGGGAAAGCCGGUGAAGCCACCGCCAAGACCCAACUUUAUGCAACGGUCGUUCAGAAGGGCAGCUUCACCCCCCACUACAUGGGCCACAACCACACAGCUCUGGAGGUCGUUCUCCGGGGGGUCAACAGCCCCGGCCCCAUGGUAGUCAUUGCCCUGGUGCUUCCCAACUACAAGGAGUUUCGGGGAGUGGGGCCCAGGCGGGGCUGUCCAAACCUGGGGGACCCCCAGAGCUGCCCCUGUGGAAUCAGUCCUUCCUCUUCCAAGGCCACCAGCUUCUCAGAGGACACAGCCCUGGUGCUGGAGUACUACUCCUCGUCUUCAAUGAAAGGCAGUGAACCAUGGACCCUCAACAAGCCCCUGGGUAUCUCCGUGUUGCCGCUAAAGAGCCGUUUGUACCGCAAGAUGCUGACAGGGAAGGGCCUGAAUGGGCUGCGUGUGGAGAAGCUCCCCAUCACCGACACCAGGCUGAAAACCAUAAAUGGUGAGGUCCCCACGGUGGAUCUCUCCUUCCAGCUGCUUUCCUCUGAGAGGCCGGAAAACUUCUUGACACCAAACAACAGCAAAGUUCUGCCCAUCCUGGACCCCAAGAUCUUGGACGAGAAGCUGGGUACCAUCCGUGAGUCCUGGUCCAAGGCCACAGUGAGCUCCACAAUUGGCUCCAACACAUCCACUUCCCAGGAAGCAGAGGAAGAGCCUCAGGAGAUGAACAGCUACCGGCAGGCCAUGCAGAAGAUGGCAGAGGACAUCCUGUCACUGCGGAAACAGACCAGAAUCCUGGAGGCAGAGAACCAAAUGCUGAGGAGCCAGCUGACCCAGGAGGGGAUAGAAUACGACACAGACAUCACUGACAGAGCCCAGAACCUGGCAUCCAUGAAGCAGAACCUGCUGCUGAGUGAGCUGGACACGAAGCAGCUGAGGGACAAGGUGCAGCAUCUGCAGAAUGAGCUGAUUCGAGUGAGCCUGGGCUUGGAGGGCAGAGGGGAAGGGGGCUCGGGAGGGAGCGUCUGGAGAAGCGUCUGCGGCCAGAAGGAGAGGGACAAGAAUGACAGAGAAAAGGAGCUGCUCCUCCUGCACCGGGCUCAGCAGCCACAGGCGGCGCUGCUGAGGCGAUACCAGGACAAGCUGCAGCAGAUGAAGGCGCUGGAGGAGACCGUGAUUGAGAAGAUGGAGUGGGUGCUGGAGGACAAGUCGCGGGAGAGGAACGAACCCCUGCCGAACAAGCUUCAGGGAAAGCCCAAUGUCGCCUCUGGCCUUCCCCCUGGUCCAACGGGAGAGAACCUGCCUGUUGACCUUUACUCAAUGCUGCUGGUGGAAAACUCGAGGCUGCGGGCAGAGCUGGACAAGAACCGCCGCCAGUUGGCCCCCAUCGUUCUGCAGCAGCAGGCCCUGCUGGAUCUUCUUGCCAAUAAUUCAGACAAGUUUAACCUCCUAGCCAAGCUGGAACGCGCUCAGAGCCGGAUUCUUUCCCUGGAAAGCCAGUUAGAGGACUCAGCUCGACGCUGGGGACGAGAGAAGCAGGACUUGGCCACACGGCUGCAGGAGAAAGAGUACGGCUUGAGGCCCCCUUCCAACACGAUCAUCACAGAUGAGUCCAACCCCUCCACCCUCUCCAAGAACCAAAGGCGGCCCUCCAAGCUGGACCCCUUGAUGCCCAGCUCAGAGACUAAGCUCAACAAGCUCUCUAAAUCCCAGCAGACUGAGUCCUAG